UCCUAAUCGAACAGAUACUCCAAGUCUCCAAUGCUAUUUAUAUAAUCCAAGAAGAGCUAUGGAAGUAAAUUGACGGUCGGAGUUGAGUUGGCUAUGGGCGCUUGCUCGACGUGCCACGCCGCAAAGUGAUAUGAAGACUUCGGCGGCGGAGCGAUGGCGAGGGGAGAGGUAGAGUGGGUUAGAGGAUUGAAAUGGUUCUCUUACAAGAAGGUAUUCGUGGCCUUCUGCUGUGUGAAUGUCUUCCUCUCAAUCUCCCUGCUGCGCUCGCUGUAUAGUUCUUCCUCUGCCUCGUCCUCGUCCAAUACCGGUCAAAGGUCCACGCCAGAUAGUCUUUAUACUGAAGACCAGAUUAAGCGAGUUGAAGAGUCGAUUCGGAUCCGUCAGGCAUUAGAACCCGUGGAACUUGUUAGAUUGGCUAAGAAACUGAAGAAGGAAUUGAAGAUCGGAAAAAAGGGUUCCAAACUAUCAAAAUCAGUUAAUCAGAAAUCGGCGUUCGAGAUUCUCUCAAGGUUGAAGGCUUUGGGGUCCUCUGUUAAUUUUACCGAGCAGCGAGAAGUGGUAGAAUUGUGGCGUGUUCAGAAGAUUGAAGAAAUCAAGAGGUUGUCAGUUGCAGAUUCAACAAAGCCGAGCAUUCUUUCAAAAGAAACAAAGAAGCUGAAAAUAGCUUUAGAACUUCAUUGGCAGAAGUUCUUGGAGGGAAUUGGUUUUUGGUUGCCUUCUGAUGUUAACAACACAGUUGUGGAUGAUAAACCAGAUACUGCCUAUGAGCUAGAAGAAGAAAUCAUCCCCGGUCGGUCAAUGCCGCCCGAAUGUCAUACUGAACUUCAUACUGAUUAUGCGGGUGCUGCUGUGAGAUGGGGCCUUACCCACCACACAGAAAGUGCAGCUGACUGUUGUCAAGCUUGCCUAGAUCAGGCCAAAAGUGCAAAGCUAGGUGACAUGAAAUGCAACAUCUGGGUUUAUUGCCCAUCAGAGUCUGGAUGUUAUUCUCCAGACAUUUAUGAGCACAAGCAUCAAGAAUGUUGGCUUAAACAGGAUGAAAAGCCUCGCCUGACUUUCAAAGAUAAGUACUCUGACUCAUACAGGAGCUCUCACCCAACGGCCCCGGUGGUUGUCCCAUGGAUGUCUGGUGUAAUCAGUAGGUGACUUGGCCGCAUAACUUGGUGAUGAAAUACUGUUCCACUCCGACGAUGGGCAUGGAACCUUCUAACACACGCCACAGCAUUCUAAAAACCUUUGCGUUUUUGUGCAUUUAGGGUUUAAAACUCUUAGAGUUAGAUAGUUCUUAACAAUUUAUGAUUUGCAGAGAUAAUAUUCAGAUGUGGUACAAAUUUGAUUGAGCUUUCCACUGUUCUUACAGCUCAUUCUGGAUUCUAAUGGUUCAUAUCUUGGAUUUCUUUUUCA